AUGGGCACCAAGAGACCACGAAGCUCAAAAUUAAACGAGCUGUCGACCAAGCAGCAGAAUGUCAGCCGAGCUGUCGAUGCCAAAGACGACGUGGACCACAAUUACGAAAUCUCGCUAGACGGUGUGUACACUGCAGAGAACGCACUCGAUAUUAUCAAAGUUAGCGGGGGUUUCAACCAAUCGCUUUAUUCAUUGCCACUUUGA